AUGAAGGCUCUACACGAUCAGCGUGGAAGCAGACAACAAGGUGCGCGCGCCCGACAAGUGCGGCGCCACAGCGGCGCAGCAGGACGCCUUUUGGUAGCGGCAUGCUGCGCAGCUGUCGUUGCCGUGGCUGUCAACAGCCCUAGCCGGGCAGACAGACGGCGAGCGAGGGAAGCUGCCGAAGAGCUUGAGCUCGAAACGGAAGGAAGAAGUGAGCUGGAUGAGGAGCAGGAAUAUCCUUUGGCAGCUGCAGGUGGCUCAGCAAGUAGCCCGUCCACACAGGCCUUCUUGUCUUUGGAUGAAAAGGAUGGCCGAUUUUGUGGCAAAGAGGGAGACCUUUGCAAGUGCUUUGGCAAAGUGCGUUACGGACGCCUUUUUUCCUGGUCCGGCGACCUCGUGGUCGACGGCAGCGUGAACUGCUCCGCUGCCCUGUUCGGUGAUCCCAUGCCGAUGGAUCUCAAGAUAUGCAAGUGCUACCCGACCAUGUGUACCACACAAGUGGGCAUUUGCACACCGGAGCCCUGCAUGUGCCCCACGUCCCGUGAUCCGGACAUGGAAUGGGCAAAGAAGACGCUUAUGACAGGCGAUGGCACGAAGUGCUGGGCCUGUGAGAAGAAGCGAGCCAGCACUGGUGUGGCAGAGUCUGGCAACUCCACCUACUGCCCUACGCAGAUAGGUCGUUGCUCUCUGAAGCGGUCGUGCAAGUGCGAAGACCCUGCUGACAUCAAGCGCGUCAUGCGGACGAAGAACGGAGAGAAGUGCUGGACUUGUGCUCCUGUCGGGGAAGGCAGGGCCAUGGGCAUGGACAGCGGUCAGAGAGCCAUGUUCUGGAUGCUGCCGCUGCUUUGGUCCUUCAUGGAUUGGCCCAACUCUUUCUGGCAGGUGUGCAACGGCGACAGGGCAUUGACCAUAUUUUCGGCUCUUUGCAUCGUCGGGUAUCUUCUGCAGGUCUUCGCACCCUUCCUUCGCCUGGACCGGUUCUUCUCUUUCUAUGCGCCGUGCAUGAAAAAGGGCGAGUUCUGGCGCUUCUUCACGUACUUCAUGCUGCACUCAGAUUUGCAGCAUCUGUGCGUGAACUUGUUCCACCUGAUGGAUGCCCUGGAUCUUGAAGGGGUGCCAGAUCUUGAAGUCAGUCCAGGAGUACCGCUCAAGUGCACCCGCGACGGCCCCGUGGCCACGAUCUGUUAUCCCGAUGUCGGGAUUGGCUGGAACAAUGUGGUGGGUAUCAUGGCCACGGUGCUUGCGUUUGGUGCGUUGGUGGGCACGAUGAAGAACUUCGGGGCCCUGGUCCAGGGCGCGAGUUCAGUUUGCUUCGGCGUGGACGGCGCGCUCAUCGCGCUGUACGGGGUCUUCCUGGGUGCUGGGUUAGAUCAGAAGUUGAAGAUUCCGGAGUUCGGCGCUUUCUUUUGGAUGCGCAUCGGAAUCAUCGCAUUUCAUAUCAUUAUUGACAUUGUCCAGAGCGUUUGUGGUUCUGGCAAGGAUACAGUGGGCACUGUUGCACACAUGGCCUCGCUCGUCGCAGGCUUUUGCUACGUCAUCCUGGUUCUUCCACCGAUGGGUGAUGGGAGCUUCUUCGGAAGCGACAGGCCCUACAUUGUCAACUGCGGCAUGACAAGCCCGAAGUAUGUGACAUUAGAUGAAGCGACUACACAGUGUCUGGCCUUCUUCAGAAGGAGCAAUGGCAUUGAGAUUAACACCGCGCAGAACAUAGCAAGUGCUGUGCUAGUCAUCGGUGUUGUAGUCGCGAUCGUGAACGCAAUCCAAAAGCGGGACAUCACAGACGAUGGAAUCGCCGUCUUUUCAUGUGGAGACUCGCAGCAGCCAGAGAAGCGAGCUGUCCGAGAUGACAAGACAACAGAGCUGGACCAGGAGAUCACAGGCAGGGAGAAAGUCUUGGGCGAGGUCAAAGACACAGUGUCGUUUCUGCAGCGCUUCCACACGAACCUUUCCAAGGUGGUACUGCGACCUCAGGCAAGCGAAAUGCACAUGACCUCAAGCGUGCAAGAGGCAGCUGACUUAUCCAGAACCAUGAUCUCUAAAAUCUGUCGGCUCAGUCGGCUCACAGCUGGAUCCACGGCUGUGACGAUGGCCUAUGCACAGGGUUGCCUGCUCCUGUCCUUGGCACGGCCCGACUUGCCGCGACCAAGUCUCAAGGGGCAGGUGAAGCCACAUGGGUCAGAUGCCCGUUCUGCAGCCGAAGAUGAAGAGAAGGGUGUCCUCACGUUGUUGCAGGAGUACGUACAGACAUCCCCAAGCUUCCGCAUUCCUCAGGGCAUGCCUGCUCUCCAGUGGGGCUACGAUGUCAAAUUCACGAAAACAAGGAAGUCUCGCUUCCGGGCUCGCGUUGCGUUCUUGCUCGAUGGCAUACCGCACCACGCCAUCGGCACAUGGGACAGCUCCAAGAAGAAUGCCCAGCGACAGUUGGCGGACGUUUGCCUGAAGUUCUUUAUCGGCGCGUGGAGCUCACAUUUGCUCAGUCAGCCAAUCCUCGAAGCUGGACACGGAAGCCGAGCCUUCCAGUUUAGAGCUGAUGCCAUAUUGAGCCAGUUCCUUCAGAGCUACGAGAGUUGCGAAAGUACACCCGCUUGGAGCCUGGAAGUCGAGAGAAACCUCGCCGAGCCAGGUGCAUCUUCCACGCCCGCAGGAUACAGAGCCCUUGUGCAUCUGCAGCUUCUGGGUGUCCCACACACCUUCGCGGGACAGCUUUGUGGCACGGCUGAAGAUGCGCAGACCGACACUGCCAAGCGGGUACUUUGGUACUUGCAGUGCCCAGGGUUUGAGGACGCAUUCCAACUGGAUCCCAGUGUAUUCGAGGGUCAGGACCGGCUUGUGGCACCUUCGCCGCAGUGGAGUCAGCGGUCAUCUCCGAGCUCGUCUGCAGAGCAGAUCCUGUGA